UCUACAAUCCCAUCAGCGAGCAUGGACAUAAUACGAGUGUCUCUGUGACUCAAUGCAACUCUUCACUGCACAUUUACUCACGGAAUGCGCGAUGAUAAUGAUGAUGAUUAUGUCUUCGCUACGGGACGCGCGCGUUGCUGUCAUUCGUCAGAUUCAUGCCGUCAAAGUCACGCGAAUAAAGUCCUGAGGAGAAUGGCCGUGCACAGAGAGGGAUGGCAACUUUCAGCAACGCGCCCCUGGACCUGCGAAGACUCUUGCAGAAACUAGCCGUCAUGUUCUCCUUGAGCGUCGCGUGCGCCGCGGUCCUGUAUCUUCUGCUGGGAUGCUGUUGCUCGGACUCGACGGAGAGUUUGCCGAUGGGAUGGGAUGAUAAUAAGACCGCGUUGAGUGUGGGAGAAGAGCUCAGCUCGACCCGGAGACUCCCGCACGCGCUCAUUAUCGGCGUAAAGAAGGGAGGAACGCGCGCGCUCCUGGAGUUCCUGAGGCUCCAUCCGGACGUGCGCGCGCUUGGAUCGGAACCGCACUUCUUUGACCGGCACUACGCGCGCGGACUCACCUGGUACAGGAGCAUGAUGCCAAAAGCCCUCAACGGGCAAAUCGUGAUGGAGAAGACGCCCAGAUACUUCGUCACCGCCGAGACGCCGGGCCGCAUCCACGCCAUGUCGCGCGACAUCAAGCUAAUCGUGGUGGUGCGAGACCCGAUCACCCGCGCAAUCUCCGACUACACCCAGAUCAUCUCAAAGACCCCAGACAUUCCCAGCUUCGAGAGCCUGACGUUUAAGAACCGAUCGGCGGGGCAGAUCGACUCGCUCUGGAGCCCGCUGUACAUCGGCCUGUACGCCACACACCUGGAGCGAUGGCUAGCGUACUUCCCGCUCGCGCAGAUACACUUCGUCCACGGAGAGAGACUGAUCAGCGACCCGGCGGGCGAGCUGGGUCGCGUGCAAGACUUCCUCGGCCUGCAGAGGAUCAUCACGGAUAAACACUUCUACUUCAACAAGACCAAGGGCUUCCCUUGCCUCAAAAAGCCAGAAGGCAGUAGCAAACCUCACUGUCUGGGCAAAACCAAAGGCAGAACGCAUCCUAAAAUCAACCCAGAGGUCAUUCAGAAACUGAGGGAAUUCUACCAGCCACACAACCUGAAGUUCUACCAGAUGGCGGGGAUGGACUUCGGAUGGCAAUGAACUGUUGUGGUCAAUGUUGAGCAAGUUUAAACCGUAAGAAGUGCAGUGAAACACGAUAUCUUAGGCUUGUCGAUGGCUCCAUCGCUGUUCAAAUCAAUGCGUCUGCCAGACACAGUAUACCCAGGCCUGAGCACUUCGGGUCAGAACACUGGCUCAGUUUGAGAGAACUGAUAGCAAUGACCUUAAAUCAUUGGUUAAAGCAGCACUUUUCAGCUCUUGCCAUUUUGAUGUUUAUAGGGGC